UGUUGAUGUUUCAGACAGACAGAAGACUUACUGUCCCACUGAUACAUUAAAUAAUUUAGGAUGUUUGGGUGGGAGUUCCAUGGAGGGAAAUUUACAUAGUGUCCCCAUUGGAAUAAUAUUGGUUCAAUUUAUUAUGUAUUUAUAGCAAAGUUUUAUUUACCCUUUUAAAAACGAAAUAAAGUUUACAUGUAACAUUCGCAUUUCACAUUAAAUAUGAGAUGAGUUACCUUUUGCUUGCUAUGGCUUUUGAUGACUGUUGAAGCUAAGUUUUAAAGGUUACUUUUGCAUAAUGGUCUAUUAAAUUUAGAUUACGAACUCCCAGUAAUUCUCAUAAUCAGUUGUUGAAAGAAAACAUUUUUUGUGUAACUGUGUACUCAUUAUUGCUUGUUCGUCUCUUGCAAUUUAGAUAAAUGAUAUAACAUUAAGCUCAAGGUGGUUGAGUCUCAAGCAGUAGGGAGGCGGAAGCAAGCCAAGGGAGCUCCGUGCCCACUGAUCCCACGGGACUCACUGAAGACACCGGAACUGUAUUUGCACUGUUGGGUUUUAAAGCACUCUGUAUUGUGGCUAUUUGUUUAACUCCAGAAGUGUAGACUGUGGGGAGACUGGAUAACAAUGGGUGGGUCGGGACAUAGUAUUGGGGACAGCACAGAGAAAAUCAAAUAUUUGAACAUGUCUAUUGAUAUGGUAGAGCUAUGAUAGAUAAUUUAUAUGGGAAGUAAAUCAGAACAGCAGGGUUGCAUGCAGUUUUUCUAUCACUAGACUUCUCCCCUCAGAUAGCUUGCAUUCUCAGUUUGAUGAGUUUGUGAGUAUGUGUUUAAGUCAAUCACUUUAUUUAUUUAUUUAUUUAAUUAUUCAAUUACUUAUUUAUUAAAUUUUUAAUUGGACUCAGGACCCAAGUAUUCUUGUUAGUAUAUAACAUGUUGAAAGUACGGUUAACUACAUAGUCACAGGUAUAGGAAAGUGGUAGGAAAUCUCAUUUGUGGGAUCCUGCCUCCAAUUGAUUUGUGCACUACAUUAUUUCAAUCCAUAUAUGGUCUUUUCUCUCCCCCCUUCGUGUGUGUGUUGCAGCACCCGGAUAGCAAGAUGAUGCAGAUCAACCUGACAGGUUUUCUGGACGGAAAGAAUGCCCGGGAGUUCAUGAAGGACCUGUGGCCCCUGCUGUUGAGUGCCCAGGAGAACAUUGCUGGCAUCCCCUCUGCUUUUCUGGAACAGAAGAAAGAGGAAAUUAAACAGAGACAGAUUGAACAGGAGAAGCUAGCUUCUCUUAAGAAGAUGGAUGAGGAUAAGAAGGAAAAGGACACCAGAGAGAGAGCUCAGUCAAAAAGUCCAAGAAGACGAAAGACAAGGUCGCCAUCCCCACGACGAAGGUCGCCGGUGAAGCGGGAAAGGAAACGCAGCCCAUCUCGCUCCCCAAGGCGCAAACCCAGUCCAGUUGGUGGCAGUUCACCACCUCCACCGCUGAUGCAGCUGCCCACGAAACCUGUGGAGCCGAUCGUGGAACCCGAUACAUCAGGACAGGCCCUGCCUGAACCAGUGGUUCAAGAAGCUUCUUCCACCUGUGAUAUAGUUGUGGAGGUGGUGAAAGCAGACUCACAGCAGGUCACAGAGGUCAAAGAACCCACUCCAGAGAAAACACAAAAGAAAGAAGAAAGGCCCCGGUCUCGAGAAAGGGAGAAGGAAAGCAGGAGGGAAAGACCUCAUCACCGAUCCCGUUCUCAUUCCCGUUCUCGCAGACGACGUUCUCGUUCUAGAUCUUACUCCCCUCGUAGAAGACCAAGUCCCAGGAGGAGGAUGUCUCCUCGUCGCAGGAGUCCCCCUCGACGUGGUCCCACCAACUCCAGACACAGACACAGACGCUCCCCACCUCGCAGGAGGCGCUCUCGCUCUGCUUCAUCCUCUGGCAGCAGCUCUUCAGGCUCUGGCUCAGCUAAAAAAGCUGCGAAACGACUAUCAAACACACCCCCCCGAAAACCGCUGCAUCACAGAGAUGCCUCCAUUAGCCCCGCAGGGAAAGACAGACGGUCGCCGUCUCCCAGGGCCAGAAGAGGACGGGCUUCAGCUUCCCCACCCAGAUCGGGUUUAAAGCAGAAAGCAGGAGGAAGGGGUGAUUCUCCUUUUAAGCCUAGACAUUCUGACAGGUCUGAGUCAGAAGAGGAUAAAAAUGAAAAAGGGGCAACAGCAGAUUCGGUGCAGCAGCGACGUCAGUAUCGCAGGCAGAAUCGACAGUCGUCUUCAGAUACAGGGUCUUCCUCCUCAGAAGAUGAAGCCCCCAAGAGGCCUGCAGCGGGGCCUGGAGCCAGAAACGGUGAAGUCAGGAGGAGAAGAAGCCGCACACCUUCCCCAAGGAGGCGACACAGGGAUCCAUCUCCAAGGAAAAGGCGUUCUCCAUCUCCUGGGCGCAGACGCCGCACCCCUUCUCCCCCACGACGCCGCAGAUCCCCCUCUCCUCCUAGACGCAGGUCUCCUUCCCCACCUCCUCGCCGACGAUCUCCAUCUCCCAGACGAUAUUCGCCCCCUAUCCAGCGUCGCUACAGCCCCUCACCUUUGCCUCCACAGAGGAGGAAGUUGUCCAGCUCACCUGCAAAGCGCUCCUCCCCAGUUGCCAAGCGACAUUCCUCCAGGUCUCCCAAGCGCAGAAGUUCUCCUCCUCACAGGAGACGUUCACCUCCACGCUCAUCGCCACCCAGACACAGGAGGAGUCCCAUGUUACCGUCAAGCUGGCAAAGCAGGGAUACACGAUCUCCUGCUGCAGAAGCACACCGCAUGUCCCCAUCCCCCGUAAACCGUGGUCGCGCUGUCAGGAGUUCCCCCAGUCCCCAGGGUCGUUUUGAAACCUCUAGCACAUCCCCAUCUAACCAUAGAAGACAACAGUCCCCUUCACACAGUGGCAAACCCAUCCGCAGAGUGUCACGCACCCCAGAGCCGCGUAGCAACCAGAGAUCCUCUCCAAGUCCCCAGCCCAUGAGAAGAGCAUCUUCCAGAUCUAGAUCCGUUUCCCCUCAACCAGCAGCUCAUAAGCGUCCAGUUGCAAAAUCUGCCUCCCCCUCACCAGCUCACUCUGCCAGUGGUUCCCCACCGGCAGCUAAAAAGGCCCGCAGUGUUUCUGGCAGUCAGUCUCCAAGCAAGAAUUCUGACAUUGAUGGCAGUGGAAAGAAAAAGAAAAAGAAGAAGGAAAAGAAACACAAGAAGCACAAGAAAGAGAAGAAACACAAGAAGCAUAAGAAGGAGAAGACUGGUGCCACUGGUGCUGGAGACGGACAAGAGAACCAGGUUGUGGAGGAGGAUGGCGACUCAAGAAAGGUGGCUAAUUUGAGGUGUUCUUUUAGGAAUCAGAGAGUGAAGUAGAUGACAGCUUGGACGACCUAGAGAAGCACCUAAGAGAGAAAGCCCUGCGAUCCAUGAGGAAGGCUCAGUUGUCUCCAUAACCGAUGUCCUUGAACCAAGUGGCUUUCUCACUUAAGAAUUUCCCUCUCACUCUUGAUGUUUGUCAUCAACCUGGUUCAGCUUUAGAAUGUACAAAUUGUUAAUCCUUAAGUCUUUUUUUGUUUUCUUUAUACUGGUUUGGUACAUUCUGAAGAGUGUGUUGCAUUCAGAGCUUGUUUUGUCAGCUUGUGUAACUUAACAGUAAAGAAGUCUGUUGUCUGUUUGAAAUUGUUGAGCAGGGAAAUGGUUGCAGCUCACAGGUUAGAGUUGGGGCAGGUUUCAGAUAAAUUCCACAGCCUACACUAGACUUGCAUGUGCAGCGAUUGUCUCUGAUGUGCAUGAACCACUGACGUUACAAAGUGUAGAGAAAAACCCAACAUACAGGAACACACUGUUACUGCCUUUGAUUAGUGGAACCAGUGACACAGCUGUGUGCUCUAGCUGAAUGUCUUGUCCCACAUUGUUAAUUAAUCGAGUCGUUUGGCAAUGUCUAACCUGCUGUUUUUUUUUCUCCUGACUUUGAAAUAAUCUUGUUUUAAAACUUAACCAGUCUGACCUAUGGAGUAUGCUUUAAUUUUUCCAAAUGAAUCGAUAUGCAAUUUUAUGUUGACACUCUUACACCGAGCCAAUCUCCAUUGGACUGCUAUAUAAUUUGUAUUUAGUAAUCCUGGUUCCUUGUCAUCUGGUCAUAAUGUCAAAAUUAAAACCUUUUUUAUAGGA